UUGCAACAUAUAAUAAGUCAUUGCUUCACAGCAGGGGCUUUCAGUUGUUACUGCUGCAGUAUUUCUAUGCUUGUUGGGAGAACUUUGGACAAUGGCGCAAGCCUGUGGUAGAUGCGCUUUCUUUUUCGCCAGGAGGAGCAAAGUUGCAGCUCUGAGUUCCUCAGCAGCUGUUCGACUUUGGAGAAGGCCAUCAAGUAACCUAUCUGUGCUGCAAGCAGUGCACACACCACUGACCCCGCCUGGUGCGCGAUUCGAGUCUACGACGCCCACCUCAGAAGUUGCCACGAUCCAUGAGCAAAGAGUUCGAGAAUUUCACAUGUAUGCGGACGAGACAUUGGAGACAUUGUCGGAGGUGUUUGAGAACUUGCCCGAGGAGCCAGGUGUGAAUGUUCCCGACGGAUAUGAUGUACAAUGUGGGGGUGGCGUGCUGACAAUUGAAUUGGACUCUGCAAACACGUACGUCCUAAACAAGCAAGCACCUAAUCAGCAAAUCUGGAUUUCGUCUCCUUUCACCGGCCCAAAGCGAUUCAACUUAUUCAGAAACAACCGCUGGCUGACGGACAAGCAAGAAUCACUGUUUGACCUUCUCUCCGCGGAGAUGUCGACAUACUUUAAAGCUGAGAUCAACGUCAAGACCCGAGUGAACGAAACAAACAGAACGAAAUGGAAGUAGAAUAAAAAAAUAUAUGAAUCCUGCUGUA